UCCUCGCAUAUGAUGUCAUCAAGACCGCUGUGAAGUUCCAACUCACACUCCGUGGAACAAUAUGAGACUGAGAAAUUAAACCAGUGAUUUCCGCUUUUACGGACCGAUUAAUUGGCCGGUAAACUUGCUCAGUACACCUCCAUCUACCAUGGUUUGACUUGAUGUGACUCAUUAGAUUUUCUGUUUUGUUGAAAUGACGUCCACAAGUCAGUUGAAGAGGUUGAGUGAGGAAAGCCUGACCAGGCAGCCCGAGGAGGUCUUUGACAUUUUGGAGAAGCUGGGAGAAGGGUCCUAUGGCAGCGUCUUCAAGGCCAUGCACAAGGAGUCCGGUCAGGUGCUUGCCAUCAAGCAGGUGCCUGUAGACACGGACCUGCAGGAGAUCAUCAAGGAGAUCUCUAUCAUGCAGCAGUGUGACAGCCCCUACGUAGUCAAGUACUACGGAAGCUACUUCAAGAACACAGACCUGUGGAUUGUAAUGGAGUAUUGUGGAGCUGGCUCAGUAUCAGACAUCAUGCGGAGGAGAAGUAAAACGCUGACAGAAGAUGAGGUAGCUACAAUCCUCCAAUCAACUCUUAAGGGUCUUGAGUAUCUUCACUUCAUGCGGAAGAUCCACAGAGACAUCAAAGCUGGCAACAUACUUCUCAACAACGAGGGCUUUGCCAAGCUGGCAGACUUUGGUGUUGCUGGUCAAUUAACUGACACAAUGGCCAAGCGGAAUACAGUCAUCGGUACCCCAUUUUGGAUGGCACCCGAGGUCAUCCAAGAGAUUGGGUAUGACUGCAAGGCAGACAUCUGGUCGCUGGGCAUCACAGCGUUGGAGAUGUGUGAAGGGAAGCCGCCAUAUGCUGACAUCCACCCAAUGAGGGCCAUAUUCAUGAUACCCACGAAGCCACCACCCACAUUCCGCAACCCAGAGGGCUGGUCGCCUGAGCUGAUCGACUUCACCUCCAAGUGUCUGGUCAAGAACCCAGAGGAACGUGCCACAGCCACAGACCUUCUACAGCAUCCUUUUAUCAAGAAAGCCAAGCCAGUCAGCAUUCUCCGUGAGAUGAUUAAUGAGGCCAACGAGAAUCGGGAGAAGGAGAAGCUGAGGUUACAGGCACAGGAUGACGAGGAUGAAGACGAGGCUGGAUCGGAAGAAGAUGAGGCUGAUGGUGGUGUGGAUGAUGAUGAUGUCAUCGACAGUGGCACCAUGGUAGCAAGAGGGAAAUCGUCGGGGGCUGCAUCGGCCUCCACGGCAACAGAUACCUCACAAACAGACUCAGAUACCAUGAUCAUGCAUGAUAGCGGGACUAUGAUCGAGCACGACACGGGCACCAUGAUUGAGCAUGACACGGGCACCAUGAUUGAGCAUGACAGUGGGACGAUGAUCAUGCACGAGGACUCGGGCACCAUGAUUGAGCAUGGGGACACGGGGACGCUGGUAACACAUGAUACGGGUACAAUGAUCGAGAACGACAUGGGCACCAUGGUGAUCAAUGAAGACAAGGACCUCAAUGGCGACUCGACUAUGAAGAGAAUAGACACAGACUCGGCAAAUCAAAACUACAGACCACUGUUCAUGGACCACUUUGACCGGCAAAUUGAGGCGAAGCAAGGGAAUACUCCUACAACAGAUCAACAACAGCAACCGCCACCACCAGCACCACAGCAAGCACAACAGCCAUUAAUAACACCACAGUUGCUACCACCGGCACCUCCCUUCAACCAACAGCAACAAGUACAACAGCAACAACAGCAGCAACAGCAGCAGCAAGCACAGCACACCCCACCCCAGGCCAGACAAAGCACACCCACCAAGCCUGGAGCCAGUAGGCCCUUCCGUGACAUGGACUUUGAGUUUUUGAAACAGCUUAGCUACAAUGAACUCCAGAGCAGGUUACAAGCGCUAGAUCCCCAAAUGGAGCAAGAAAUCGAAGAACUCAGAAAACGGUACCAGGAGAAGAGAAGACCAAUCAUUGAGGCCAUGGAUGUCAAAAGGAAACGUCAACAAAACUUUUGAAAAAAAAAAGAAUUUCAUCUUGUAGAAUAUAUUGAGUAUCAAAAAAAAUUAUUUAGAAAAUACUGACAAAAAAAUCUAUUUGGGAAUUUGAGGGUUGAGAAGUUUCACAAGAAUCAGAUUACAGGUUUAACUGCAAUAGAUUUUUGUUGUUCAGAGCUUUUAACUUGAAAAGCAAGAUUGUUUCUUGAUUAAUUGAAGUCAGGAUAACUGCCUUUUUUGAUGGGGGGAUCUAGGUUUCCAAUGGUCUAUUUCAAGGUUCCUUCCUUGGAACCAUAUGGUACCAUAUGAUGAUAUUUACCCUAAUCACAAUGGUACAACUGCUUAGUCUCCCAUUUGACUCGGCUCAUUGACUCAUAACUUCUGCAUUAGGGCUGAACAAUCGUGUUUGGAAAAAAGCUUGUAAGAAAGCAAGGACGUCAAACCAUCAAGCUGAACAAGGAUCCCUAAACUGAAUCCACAAGGUAUUGAUUCCAUGCAUGAGCCAAAGAGGGCGUCCUUGUACUGUGUGACCAAGUGAAGGACACACUUUUCACUGGGUUUCAUGCACUGUGUCAGGUCUCAAAUUGUCCAUCCCAAUCUUGACUAAGGCAUUCGUUUGCCACUACUUGUGCUGGGGUGCUUUGGGACACAUGUAUGACUCCAUUAGUGAUUUGACCUUUGACCUGACUGGUGAUUGACCAGGUUUCUGAAAAAAAAAAAAAAAACCACUAGUGCCUGAAUUUGACUUUUCAAUUGGAGUGUAAUGGCAGAUUAGGUUGGUUCACUAUUUUUUUUUUCUCAGCGUUAUCUACUUUAUGACCCACUGUUGACAUUUUUUAUUUUCAGAAUUGAUGUUAACCACUUGCUGCCAGGGAGCCCAGUUUCGGGCACAUAUU